CAUGCUGCAUCCUCUUCACAGUCAGUGAGGAAAGAUAGAUGCUACCAGACAGGGACUCCUCUGACCUUUAAAAAUCUUCUUGCAAGAUAGUUUGAAGUAAAUACACCCAUCUAUUCAGUGGCACUGAACUACAGUUAUUCCAGGAAUGAUUCUGAAUCUGCAGCUGCUUAUGAAUGUGAUCUGAAGGCCUACAGCAUGUCAGAGAGCAUCUGCCAGGACACAGGGGCAUUCAGCAGCCAGAAAAAUGAAUGGCUUUUUUGAGGAAGAAAUAAAGAGGAAACCUUUAUGUCUCAUGUAGUUGGAAGGCAGAGCAAUACAACCUUGAUACCUGGUUAACUUAAAGGAGCAUUUUUUGAAAUACCUCUUGACUGUGAAUCUUGUAAUUCAGACACAGAAGUGCCUUUGGACCUGUGCAGAUAAUUCACUGGAAAAAUUGAUCAGACAAAGCACUCACUGUAAGUGUCACUGAGGAAUCAUGGCGAAGCACCUGGAAAUCAUCAAUCUGUCGUUUUUGUUGGAACAUGAAAAGGAAAUGAUACUGGGAGUAUUGAAGAGAGAUGAGUACCUGAAAAAAGUUGAAGAUAAAAGAAUAAGGAAGUUGAAAAAUGAACUUCUGGAAGUGAAAAGGAAAGGUGGAAGCCAACACUGCCAACAGGACAACAGCAGGGUCUGCGUUCGCUGUCAGAAAGGCCUGGGCUUUAUCUUUGACAGAGGAGACCUGUGCCAGACCUGCAAACUUCGAGUCUGCAAUAAGUGUCGUGCAGUGGGAACUGAUGGGCAGUGGAAGUGCUCCGUGUGUGCCAAGAUUGCACAACUAAGGAUAGUGACAGGAGAAUGGUUCUUUGAAGAGAGAGCAAAGCGCUUCAAACAAUCAAAUCUCGGAACCGAUGUUGUCAGACAGUCCAUCCUGCGCAAGUCCCCAGAUACAAUUUCCAGUAAGGCUGGAGAAAGAACGUUCAAAGAUCAACACCAAGAGAAUGAAGAAAAAGAAAUAUCAACCUCCUCCCUAACUGGACAUAAAUCAAUCUUUGGCAAACCUAGAAAGAUAGGGAAGAUGAUCAGGGCAGCUACCAAAGGAGAAAUUACAAUUGCAAAAGAUGAAGGUGGAAGGCACAUAGGCUGUGAAGCUGAACGCCAAAGCCUACACAGUAGCAAGUCAACGCCUUGUUCUGAGAGAGGAAGCACUAUUUCCCUGAACAGCAGCGAUACUGAAGCAGCUGCAGGCCAUCUAAGAGGGGCCAUGGGCCCUGCAAACAGAAGCAGCGCUUCCAUAUCUUCCCUCCUGAGGUCGCCGGCGCUGAGCACAUGCAGCAUGACUGCAGAUUAUAGCAGGGACACUGGUUCAGAAAAUGGCAUGAUUAUUCCAGCAAGUGAAAGUGUACCUGAAGAUUUAGUAAAGAAGCACCGUAGAAAAGCAUCUGGAACACCUUCCAUUGCAGUUUCUAGAGUAUCUUUGUCAUCAGACCGUAGCCGAUCUGAGAUAGAUUUGAGUGAAUCUUACUCUGAAGGAAAACAGGAUACCUUGAGCGUAAGAAGCAAAUCUGUACCUAGCGCCUUAGAUGAGGAGCUGGAUUCUCUGGAUGAAACAGAAGAAGAUAUUGAUGACAUCGUAGCCUCUCGUUAUUCAAGGAAACAUGGACAUCUGACAAGUGGAUUGUCAAGAAACUUCCCAGAAGGCUCUGACAGAAAAUGGAACUUCUUAAAUGUGCCUGAAACAGAUGGUGAUACUACCAGCAUUAACAGCAUGCUGAGUGUAUACAGUGAAACUGGUGACUAUAGCAACAUGAAGGUCAGUGGUGAAAUCCUUCUCCAAAUCAACUACAGCUACAAAACAGGUGCGCUCAACAUCCUGGUGAAAAGUUGCAGAAACCUGGCCAUUGUGGAUGAGAAAAAACAAAGGACUGAUCCAUACGUCAAAGCUUACCUCCUGCCUGAUAAGUCCCGCCAAAGUAAACGCAAGACCAAAAUUAAGAGUAACAGCACCAAUCCGGAAUUCAAUGAAACGCUGAAGUAUGUCAUCAGUCAUACGCAGCUAGAAACCAGGACCCUGCAGCUUUCUGUCUGGCACUAUGACAGAUUUGGACGUAACAGCUUUCUUGGAGAAGUGGAAAUUCCAUUUGAUUCUUGGAACUUUGAAAAUCAGGGUGAUGAGUGGUUUGUGCUUCAGCCCAAGGUGGAGGUUGCAACAGAUGUUGGGCUUCAGUAUAAAGGAGAACUGACAGUUGUUUUACGUUACAUUCCCCCAGAGAUAAACUUGAUGCUUCCUCUAGGGCAGUUUCAAGGAAAGAAGAGCUUUAAGAAAGGAAAAAAGGGAGAGAACCACCCGCCCACUGGAGGUAUAUUAGAAGUCGUCAUCAAAGAAGCUAAGAAUUUAACAGCAGUGAAAUCAGGAGGCACAUCAGACACAUUUGUGAAAGGGUACCUACUCCCAGAUGACAACAAAGCUACAAAACACAAGACUCCCAUAAUAAAGAAGAACGUGAACCCCCAGUGGAAUCAUACAUUUGCUUUCAGUGGCUUGAAUGUAUGGGAUAUACAUAAUGUCUGCUUAGAAUUGACUGUGUGGGACAAGGAGUCACUUUCCAGUAAUAUUUUUCUGGGAGGAGUUCGUUUGAGUACUGGAAGUGGCAUAAGUAAUGGCAAAGAGGUUGACUGGAUGGACUCUCAAGGAGAAGAGCAGCUUCUCUGGCAGAAGAUGAUUGACAGUCCUGGAACUUCUGUGGAGGGAAUAUUAAUGUUGAGAUCCAGCAUGGGAAAACGUAGACUCUAAAAGACUCUCUACUACUGAGGGGUAGCACAAGUCCUUCUCAUUUCAGCUGUGUUCAGCUCUUGUCACUUUGCCCAUUUGAAAAUGGGUAAGGGUUGUACUCUUUGCCUUGGAUAUUAAGGCUUUAUGUGAAAUUUUAAUGCAUUCUGCACUUUCAUGCACUCAUUUUUAACCCAGACUUCUUGAACAGAUUAUGUUUCUCCUGUAACCUGUGAGAAUGUGACUUCCUACAGAGAUUGGACUGGCUUUCUUUGUCCCUUGUGGCAGCUGGUGGUGUACAGCUGAUGGACAUUGCUGGCAGGGGACGUGGAGCAAGCAAAUUCUCUGAGUAGCCAUUUAGGAUGUAAAGUGUGUUUUACAUAUCUCCUUUUGGGUCAAAGAUGGCCUAGAAGACAAGAGUGAUUCAGUACAUUCAGAUUCCGAAUGAAUCUGUGCUUUGUUAUUUGAAAGACAAGAUGCCAUAAUGUUCAGAAGACUAACGUUUAUUUUUUAUGUUUGCUCAUUGGGCUGUGCGCUGUGCGGGAUGGCAGGCAUGGAACCAAGUAGCUCACUAAGGCCAGUUCACUGGCCAGCUGCACAAUGGAAAGAGUCAGCAGAUGAAGGAGUCUGAAGUGCCCAUGUUCAGGUGUUCUCUUGGUUAUUUAGUGCACUGUAUAAGAGGAAGACUUGGCUCAGUGUGAUCAAAGAGUCUCUAAUGAAAAUAAAUCAUAACAAAUCCUAAAGAAUUUCCAGAACUGUGU